CGCCCGCCCCGCCUGGUUCUUUGUGCUCGGAGUCGGUCGGGACUCAGCAGCAGCCUCGAGUCUCCGUCGCCCCCGAUCACCAUGUCGUUGGGAGUCGGCCCGGAGGCGGGAUUCUCCAGCGAGGAGCUGCUGACCCUGCGCUUCCCCCUGCACCGCGCCUGCCGCGACGGGGACCUGCCCACCCUGUGCGCGCUGCUGCAGGGCUCGCCCCGCUCCGACCUGGCCGUCGAGGACUCCUUCUACGGCUGGACACCCAUCCACUGGGCCGCGCACUUCGGCAAGCUGGAGUGUCUAAUGCAGUUAGUGAGAGUUGGCGCUACUGUAAAUGCCUGUACAACACGUUUUGCCCAAACACCAGCCCAUAUUGCUGCUUUUGGAGGACAUCCUCAGUGCCUGAUCUGGUUGGUUCAAGCAGGGGCCAACAUAAACAAGCAGGAUUAUGUUGGUGAAACCCCUAUUCAUAAAGCAGCACGAUCUGGUAGUAUGGAUUCCAUAAGUGCCCUUGUAGCUCAUGGAGCUCAAAUAGACUUGAGAAAUGCCAGUGGACUGACAGCAGCAGAUCUUGCACAUACCCAGGGCUUCCAAGAGUGUGCCCAGUUUCUCUUGAAUCUCCAGAACUGUCACCUGAACCGUUUCUUUAGCAAUGGCACGUUAAAUGGAGGUCCCAAUCCAGUCAAUGGUGGGACAAGUCGAAAGAGAUCCUUUGAAGAUGUGGAUUCUGCUGGAGUAAAGAAAGCUAGGACUGAAGCUCAUAGUUUUGAUGGCUUAAUACCAAUGAUGAAUGGAGGAAAUGAGGAUGAUGCUGACAAUAUGCACAUUGAUAAAGAGCUUGCUGUUGUAUCAGAUAUGAAUAGCAGUAGCUCCGUUUUGAAUGCAUUGACAAAUGGAUGUACCAUCAAUGGACAUUUGGACUUCACCGCCAUAACACAGUUCAAUGGAAUGGAUGCCAGGCAUGAAGAAUGUUUAACAUUAAUACCUAAUGGAAUAACUCCUGGUGUCGCUUCUGCCAAUAGGCACAGAAUUCACACCAGUAAUGGCACUGAAGAACCAGAAAAAGCCAUGAAUACUUCUGCCGAUAUGUGUGGUUCACUGCAUCUGAAUGGAAGCCCAAGUAGCUUUGUGUCUAACAGGCCCUCAUGGGUUGAAGAUCUUGGAGAUACUUUGCACUAUGGGCAUUAUCAUGGUUUUGGGGAUACUGCUGAAAGCAUCCCUGAACUUAACAGUGUUGUUGAGCAUUCCAAUUCUGUUAAAGUUGAACAGAAAUACGAUAAUACUGUCUUAGGCACAAUGUAUCUUUAUCAUGGUUCCUAAAUCAACAUAUUCUUGUUUGUCAAAUUCAUGUUGAAAUUGCUAGCAAAUGUGACAAAAAAUCCUCACCUAGCAUUAAAUCUGAAGAAUGCAACUAUUACUAUUUUUACACUUUGUUUAUAUAAAAAGUAAACCUUUCAUUUGACAGUCUUCUACUAUAGUUCUAAUUUGUUGCAUGUAUGGGGCUUAUUUAGUGAUGCAAGUAGGUGGUGUUACAAUGAAAUGUUUAUUCUUUGCAUUUUACUAUGGAAUGUUGUGGUUUUGUACUUUUUUUUUAUUUUCAUUUUUUUUUAUUUCCAAGCUAGUGAACAUUAUCUUUCCCCUUUUUUAAAAAUGUUUUCCCUCUUAUUAAUAUGAUCACACUGUAUUGAAUUUUGUGCAGAAAACAAGUUGUGUGUUUGUGCAUCACUCUUGAAGUAAAUAUUUUCCUUUUUUGUAUUUUCUGCUGAAGCUAUGGUAGCAACAUCAAUGCCAGCUGUCACUAUGCAAGGUUUGAAAAGUGGUGUUCUUAAAGGAGUUUCUCUGAUUUACAAAUUUGUGCGUUUAAUAGAAUUGAAAGUUCAUCUUUACUUUCUAUGACAAAUGAAAUGUUAAAAAUGCAACGACAAACUUUUGAAAAAUGUUUCACUUUAAUGUAGCAUAGGAAUUAUUUUCUUCUUUGUUAGGGCCCUUUGCAUUAUAGAAGUGGAAAAGCAGAUAACCCAUAUUGGUUGCAAGUCACGGUUGGUUCUGAUUUUUGGCCUUUUUUAUUUUGCUUCUCUACUUUAAAUGUGUGCUUGAUAUUUUACCAUAGCUCACAGCCUGGAGGCAUGUUGGCACUGUUUUUGCUUUUUAUGCAAUUUAAAAUUACUGCUACUUGUUAUAGAAAUCGUCAGGUCAAAAUAUUUGACUGAUUUUGAUAUACUGUACAUAUAUUUUGUUUGCUUUGUGUUUUUUUUACAACUGCUUUGAAAAUCUAAUGCUGUGUAUAUCUAGCCAGUUAAGAUACUUUUAGGGCUAUGUUAACUGAAAAUACAUUGUAUUUAAAGCUUAUUACAAAAGUAAACAUUCAUACAAGUGCUCUGUACAAACAUUAAAUAAUGUAAGAUACUACUUUUGUGAUUUGAUAAACGAACGGUGGGAGAAUAUAUUAAACAAGAGAAAGCCAGUAA